AAACUCGAGAAAAUGAUUCAGAUGCAGGAAGGAAAAAUCGAUUUGAUCUAUGAGCAAGUAUAUCAGAUGAUUAAGAGAGCCAGUAAGGGAGAAAAUAUAAAUGCCAAUGUGCCGUUUAUUAAAGUUUGCGAUAUCGGCGAACCGGGUCGGAAAAACUCACUGGAAGUCAGAGGGAGGGUUUAUAAGAAAUUUUAUAAAACCAUACCGGUGGCACUUAAACGCGUCGAUAUUCUAAAUGACAUGGAGAGCACACGAAGGUUUAAUAAGGUACAAUUGGCCAUAUUGAAUCAGUUACAGGCAUCUCCGAGGAUUAUAAAAUUUUAUGGCCUUACACGUGCGGAUGGAGAGGACAUUAUGGUUAUGGAAUGGGCCCAAUAUGGAAAUCUCAAAGAGCUCUAUGAAAAAGACCAUAGUAUGAAUUGGCUGACGAAGUUAAAUAUUGUCCACGAUAUAUGCGACGGUCUGGUGUUUCUACAAGCAUGCGGAGUUUAUCACCACGAUAUACGUUGUGAAAACAUUUUGGUCGUUGAAGAUGAAGGGUACAAAGCAAAAAUUGCGAACUUUCACCAAAGUCGUAAAACUAAUCAGGAAUCCCGUCAGAUAAACGAUAUUUCCGAUUUUGUUAAAUGGUUAGCACCGGAAAAGCUUAACCCAGAUAAAAAAGUAAAAUAUUCGUUCGCUUGCGAAGUGUUCAGUUUUGGCAUGCUAAUCUGGGAAUUAUCCUUCCAAAAAACACCCUAUAAAAAUAUGAGCUUCUCUGAUAUAUGCAGUCACGUCAAAAAGAACGGGAGAGAGGAACUUAACUUUGGGUUGAGUUCGAUGCCUGUUAUUACCGAUGCUUUUUCAAGAAUCAUUAAAGCAGCCUGGAACGGAGUACCAACAUUAAGACCAAAGAUCAGUGAUAUUUUACUUGACCUACAGGACGUUCUUGCAAAAUGUUCACCCAAACUAUACCCCGCCCAUGCCUCUGAUGAUAUUAAGUCGCAAUUAGAACUACCGCAAAGCUUUGACAGUAGCAAUAAUGAUAAAAUCGAUGACUAUGAGAUUGGAGAUGAUUAUAAUUUGGAAUAUAUAUCAAUUCCUCUGUUAGAGGAGGGCAUAAAGGCUCACAAGCUCAAGGACUUCAGUACUGCCUUGAGUGUCUUCAAGAUUCAUGCCGAAUUGGGUGAUCCAGUUGCGAAAUACUGGAAGGGAGUCUAUCUUCUGGAAGGUUAUGCUGGUGAAAAAAAUAUUCCCAAAGCCAUCGAACUUUUCAAAGAAGCUGCUGAUGAAAACAAUUCCAAUGCUCAGCUACGUUAUGCAUUCAUCAAACUUCAAGCCAAAUGUUACGAUGAGUUUGUCGAAUAUUUAAUAAAAUCUGCGAACAAUAGUAAUGCGACGGCAAUGUUUAACUUGGGUGAUAUUUAUUAUCAUGGGAAGUGCAACAUAAAACAAGAUAAAAAGAAAGCAAAAUUGUAUUUAGAAUUGGCCGCAUUAAAGAAUCAACCAAGAGCUCUCAAAAUGCUUAACGAGAUUAAUGCAGCUAUUGGUGACGUUGAUUAA